AUGGACGUGACCGAAAUCUCCGAACCGACCCCUUCCUUCUCUCACCUCCUGGGCCUUCUUCUAGAGGCAAUCACUGCCUACCUCCUCUUAGAGCCCCGUUCCUUCCUGAGCUAUCCUGUCCAUCCACUCAUCAGCGCCGGCGCCCCCUUUCCCCCAAUUAUAUUCGCAUGA